AUGAGUAAGAUGCUGAUUUGUGUUGGUCUGGCUCUCCUGCUGCAUGUGCAGCUAGGAUCAACCUAUUUGUUAACAUGUUACUUCACCAACUGGGGUCAGUAUAGACCCGGUGCUGGACAGUUUUUGCCAACAAAUAUAGACCCGUGCCUGUGUGACCAUCUGAUUUAUGCCUUCGCUGGCAUGGAGAACAACGAGAUCAAGACUACGGACUGGGAUGAUGAUAAUUUCUAUGAACAGUUUCAAGCCUUGAAAAACCAGAACAAUAAUUUGAAGACACUCCUGGCUAUCGGUGGAUGGAAUUUUGGUACCCAAAAGUUCAGUACAAUGGUCUCUACCCCAGCUAACCGCCAAACUUUCAUCACAUCUGUGAUCAACUUCUUGAGGUUGAACGGGUUUGAUGGUCUGGACCUUUUCUGGCAGUACCCUGGUUCCCGUGGCAGCCCUCCUCAGGACAAACAGCUCUUCACUAUCCUGACACAGGAAAUAAUUGCUGCGUUUGAAGCGGAGAGCCAGUCAAUCAACCGUCCCCGUCUUCUGCUGACGGCUGCUGUUUCCGCCAACAAGCCCAUGAUCAAUGCUUCAUAUGAGAUUGCCCAGCUUGGCCAAACUCUUGACUACUUUCAUGUGAUGACGUAUGACUUUCAUGGAUCCUGGGAUAAGAUAACAGGGGAGAAUAGCCCCCUGUAUCCUGGUCCAGCAGACCGAAAUGGCCUUGUAGACUUUAAUGUGGACUUCGCAAUGAAGUACUGGCAGAGCAAUGGAGUCCCGGCUGAGAAACUUCUUGUCGGUUUUCCCACCUAUGGACGUACUUUUAAUCUGACCAACCCGAGCAACACCAGUGUUGGAGCUCCUGCUAGUGGACCUGGGCCUGCCGGACCUUUCACAAAACAAGCUGGAGUCUGGGCAUACUAUGAAAUCUGUUCCUUUAUAUCAAGUGGAGCUGAUCAGGCGUGGGAUACUCCCCAGAUGGUUCCCUAUGCAUACAACAGCCAGAAUGUUUGGGUUGGUUAUGAUGACAUCCAAAGCUUCCAAGACAAGAUUCAGUGGCUGAAACAAUACAACUAUGGAGGGGCCAUGGUUUGGACAUUAGAUCUGGAUGAUUUUACUGGCCUUUUCUGUAAUGAGGGGAAGUUUCCUCUGAUCAGCACUUUGAAAAGUGGCCUGGAAACUGGAAACCCUGAUUGCAAUAACUGUUCCAGCCCCCUACCAGUCACACAGGCCCCUGCUACACAACAGCCUGGAAGUGACACAACUUUUGGUAUCAUUACUGAAGAGACCACCACUGUAGAAAGCACCACUACAGAAUGUAAUACUGUCGGAAGCACCGCUGAAGAAACUACACCUGAGGGAACCACUACCAUAGAAACCACCACUGAAGAAAGCACCACUACAGAAUGUAAUACUGUCGGAAGCACCGCUGAAGAAACUACACCUGAGGGAACCACUACCAUAGAAACCACCACUGAAAGAAACACCAGCACUGGAAACAGCAGUUGA